AUGUCACAACAACAAAAUAUUGCCAAUCUACUUGAUCCAUUAGUCAGUAAUGCAGAUGCAUCUAUUGGAAAAGCAUAUCAGACAAUAGCUAAAGCAAUGGAACAAACACUAAAAGUACAGCAACUGACUAAUCUAGCGAUGGAGCAGAUCUAUAAAGCCAAUGUUAAAUUAGAUAGCCAUAUAGAGCCUACAGGCAACGGAAACUUACGCAUCCUGUUUACUCUCGGUAACCUAUCACCUCUUCCAAUGAAGACAGUCAAAGGUCGUUUACGGUUUGAAGACAAUUUAAAGAUUGAAAUAAAUAUUGCACAAGCAGCAAAGAUAUUUGAUGAAAACAAUUUGGAGACAUAUGAAACAAGUAGUCUAUUCGACAGUCAAGUGGAUCUAUUACCUCAGACAGAGUAUGAACAAGUGAUUGAAUUGACGACUAAAGAGCCUAUUCAGUGUAAUGGAACUAUUGAAAUAUCAUUUUUGAAUCCUUCAAAUGAAGAUACACCUAUAAAGAUUGAACACAACUUUGGAUUAUACUUGAUUGAUCAGGCAAGUGAUCAUAUAUAUGAUUGUUUGAAUACCAUGUUGACACCUUAA